AAGGCCCAGAUCUGAGCAAAGAUGCUAAUGACCUGGGGAGGAUUUUGCAGGAGAUGGGGGCUGCUUCUUCCAAGCAUCGCUUCUCUCCGUCUCGUGGGAAUUCCCGGAAUGUCUUCCUUCCGCGGCCCUGAAUCUCCCACCUGUCCUCCUUCCGACCUUCCUGGAACUGGGGAGAGGCGGGGAAGGGAUGGGGUUCUCUGACCAUGGCAAAAACGCUUGGCAGUUUAACCUUGCUAGUACCACCCAGCCUUCAUUCGAAAAUGGUCUUUCGAGCCCUCAAGGAGUACAAAGUAGUAGAAUUGCAACCUUGCCAAUGGACCUGAUCGGUUUCGGUUAUGCGGCCCUUGUGACAUUUGGAAGCAUCUUGGGAUAUAAGCGGAGAGGUGGUGUUCCAUCUUUGAUCGCUGGUCUUUUUGUUGGAUUUUUGGCUGGCUAUGGAGCCUACCGUGUCUCCAAUGACAAGCGAGAUGUCAAACUGUCAUUGUUUACAGCUUUCUUCCUGGCCACCAUAAUGGGUGUGAAGUAUAAGAGAUCUAAGAAAAUCAUGCCAGCUGGGCUGGUUGCAGGUUUAAGCCUCAUGAUGAUUCUGAGACUUAUCUUACUGCUGCUCUGAGAAUCCAGAGGAACUGAAGACUAAAUUCAUAUGAUUCUACUGUAACGGGCAGAGCAUACACUUUGGAUUUAAAAGAUAAACUUCAAGGUGGAAUAUUACGUGUCUUAUUUUACAUUACAAACAACAGAAACGCUCCAAAAUGAACACCAGUUUGAGGGAUUUUUUUUUAAAACCGAAAACUCAACUGUUUUCUACUUGUCAGAUAAUGGUCUCGUUAAAGAUAUUCAAUAAAUCAUUAUACAUGCUUUCA